GCACGGUUGUCCUGACGAAAACAAACAUGGAGGAAUAUGCCCGUGAACCUUGUCCCUGGAGGAUAGUGGAUGACUGUGGAGGUGCUUUCACCAUGGGUGCUAUUGGAGGAGGGGUGUUCCAGGCGGUCAAGGGCUUUCGUAAUGCCCCUGCAGGUGUCGGACACAGACUGAGAGGAAGUGCAAACGCUGUGAGAAUAAGAGCUCCACAGAUCGGAGGUAGCUUUGCCGUAUGGGGAGGUCUCUUCUCCACCAUCGACUGUGGUUUAGUUCGCCUCAGAGGGAAAGAGGAUCCUUGGAACUCUAUAACAAGUGGUGCGCUGACAGGGGCCAUCCUGGCAGCACGCAGUGGGCCGUUAACUAUGAUGGGCUCUGCCAUGAUGGGGGGGAUCUUGCUCGCUCUCAUUGAGGGUUUUGGGAUCCUCCUCACCAGAUAUACAGCACACCAGUUCCAGAACCCUAUUCCCUUUGCAGAGGACCCCAGUCAGUUACCACCAAAGGAUGGAGGUCAGCAGCAGCAGGAGGCGAAGGGACAAUUUCAGUAGAGAGCAACAGGGACUGAGACCAGCUGUAAACACAGUGAGUCAGACCAGAGAGUAGCGGGGGAAACCAAACAUUACAGUGGGUAUCAUGAUGACCAGGAGGUGGAGAUUCUGGUCUCUACAGUGGUGUCACCUAGUUGCACUAUGUGCUCAUACCUCAGGGGCAAAUUACUGUGAGUCUUAGUUAUUUAUGAGUGAAUGUUUAUAUGUGAGCAACAAACCUCACGUUUGCACCCACAGCAUUUCAUGCACCAUUUUCUGUAUGAAUGGUUGUUCUGUCUUCACUGUAACCUUUUGGGAUUCAAUAUGUCAUACUGAAAUGUAUUUUUGAAAACUGAUUUGAUUAUUCAACAUCAAGGCAAUAUGUGUAUGUUAAAGGAAUAGUUUGAUAUUUUGGGAAACACACUUAUUCACUUUCUUGAUGAUAGUUAGAUGAAAAGAUCCCUCACAUGUCUGCACAGUAAAUAUGUAGCUACAGCCAGCAGACAGUUAGCUUAGCUUAGCAUAAAGACAGACAACUAAUAUCCUAAUCCGUACAAAAGCCAAAGUAUUAGAGACAGUUUGUUAUUUUUUCCAUCGGCUUAUAUGCUGGACUGUUUCUUGGGUAGCACAGUGAUUUGCUGGAGUCUUGUCAUCACUGUGAGGUUGCUAGGCAACCAGCAGAGAUGGUAUCUAUCUUGUCAUGUAAGGCCCUGAUCACACAGAAAGCGUUUCAGCAGCUGGAGGAGCCUUUUUGUAAUUAUUUUUAAUGAAAAUGAUGCUUGUUGCUUAAGGUUUUUGCAUUGCGACGCACCUGGUGUUUCUGCACUCUAAGCGUCUGGUGUUUUUGUCGAAGUGCCCUGAACUCCUCGAGUUGAAAAAACUUUAACUCAGAGCAGAAAAAACGCCCCAUAUCAUCUCUUUUUUCAUCAUUUUUUUCCCAUUGUCCAAUUGCAUGAUUUGAGAGGUGGGCCUUCUGUGGUGGUCACAACAAGUUUACAGUUGGUAAACAAUGGAGGAGAAACUGGUGGUAGCAGGUGCUGGAUACCCAGAGCUACACGGCCCGACGACAGACAGCAGGUGGUCAAACUGCCCCCGAGUCAUCCUAGAAUAUGCCUGGAAACGGCCAUCACUGAGUCGAAGCUCCUGGACCAACUCGUGGUACUCCCCGUGAUCCACCCUCUGUUUUAGGGUCUCAUGUACCCACACAGAUCUCAGACAGUACCGUCUGCUUCAACAUUUUAGGAACUAGAUACUAAUUACUGUCAAAUAACUAAAAUAAAUAAACAGUAGAUUGAUUACACAGGAAGUUUAGAAUAAGGAAGUGAGUCUGUGGUUGCCUGGUAACAGUAAAAAGGUGCAGCAAGCAUUUAUUUUUCACUGGUGGCAUUCAAUUUAAAAAAAGGCAGUGUAGUGCGCCUUGUGAUUUGCAACCUGCAAAAUGCUUUCUGUGUGAUCAGGGCCUAACUCUUGGGAAGAAAGGGAAUACGUGCAUUUCCCCAAACGCCAAACUAUUCCUUUAAGCUUCCAAAGAUCUUCUACUUGUACGCACAGAGUAUGUUUGUUCAGUGAGGUUUUACUAUAGAGAGUGGUAUUGUGAGAAUAUGUUUCUGAGUCUUUAAUUUAUUUGUCAGUUGCGACAAUCAGUGCAAAGAACUGUGUGUUUAUAAUUGAUGUGUGUGCUUUAAGAUGUGUCUGGGCUCAACUAAACCUCAUUCCACAAUUUGCAGUUUCUCUUAAAGGAAUACUUCACCCACAAAGGGAUCAUUUGAUUAUGUCACCUUGAAUUUGUGGAGCAAACUUUGUUUUUCUCGCAAGCCUCUAUGGUGAAAUAAGAAUCCAGAAAACAGAGACGUAUAUCUUUUUCCAGCCUCUCCAGGUAACGAGUAUCAUUAAGCUCCAAAUCCUCAAAACCAGCCUGAAAUUAAGGAAAUCUGAAACAAGUGCAUUAGAGUCAAUGUAGUACAGCUGUGUUGUUGUUGGACCCUGGUCUGAGCCAGCCCAAUGCUACAUUAUGAUUGGGCAGUCUGUGUCCAGGGACGGUUCUAUUCAUCAAAAAUUUUUAUCAGUUAUUAGAUUCUUCGUUCUCUGUCAAAGCUUUCAAAAAAAGCAAAGUUUUCUCCACAAAUUCAGUGUAAUGCAGGGUAAAUAACUGAUAUACAAAUGAUCAUUUUGUGUGUGAAGCGUUCCUUUAAUAACAUCUUGCCUCACCCGGCAGCUUUAGUCAUUUUGAAUCUUUGUUGAAUAGUUGUCAUCUUGUGUUUUAGAAGGAGGAGCACAAAUCGUGAAAAAUAUGAAUGGAUAUUAUAUUGCUUUAAUUACUGGCACAUGCACUUGUGUAGUCACUUUGAUCGCUGCAUCAUUCAUCAAACAACAAAGCACUUUUUAAACUCCUCGGUUUUCUUGAGAUCGUAGCAUCUGUCACAGGAGAGAGGUGAUGCAGCGUGAUCCCAGCAUUUGCUGUACAAAAACUAUGUAUAGAAAGAAUGCUUAAUUUAUGUAUUGAAAUAUAUUUAUCUUGCAAAAACUGAUUUUAAAAAACAAU